AUGGCUGUAUUCGGCUUCCUCAUCCUGACCUCCUUGUGUAUUGCGGGCCGAGAGGCCCUCACCCUAAGUGACUGCGGAGCGUACGGCAGACGACCAGAACUCACUGACAUCUCAGUAGUAUGUGGGACAUCUGCCAUCGAUCUGGCAAUCCAAAUCUGUCCAGCUGUCUACACCGGAUACAAUGAAACUUUACUGAUCCUGAACCACAUUUGGGAUAAUGUGGACUGCCAGGGCACUCUUGACACCUCAGUGGUACCUCCAGUGCUGAGAUUCAGUUUCCCCAUCAGAGAGGGGAACGCCUGCGGGAGCAACUUUAUGACCACCAGCGCUCCGGGAACAGGAAUAUUCUCUGACUUCUCCAACAUCCAGUCUGUUAACGUCAGUGGAGUGGUCAGAUCUUACGACCCCACCAUCGGCACGAUCACCUACAACGCAGAGCUCAAAUACUACUAUUCAUGCGCCUACCCACUUGAGUAUCUCAUAAACAACACCCAGGUGGAUGUGUCGGCCUCCUCAACUGCCCUGAAGGACAACAAUGGCAGCUUCAUCAGCACCCUAAGCAUGGCACUAUAUGAGGAUGUAAAUUACACCACACCCCUGGUGGUACCAAGUGUGGGUAUUGAGCUGAGAACUAAUAUCUACGUCCAGGUGGUUGCCUCCAAUCUGACGUCUCAGUACUUUGUUCUUCUGGAUCGCUGCUACGCCUCAGUGUCUGCACAGCCUUCUAACUCUACCUUCUUUAACCUCUUCGUCUCGUGCUCCACAGAUCAGCUGACCACCAUGCUGGAGAAUGGGGAUAGCCAGAAGGCCCGCUUUUACUUCCCGGCGUUCCGCUUCAUCGAACAGCAGAAUGAGGCCAUCUCCACCUACUAUCUGCACUGCAUCACCCGCCUGUGCGAGCGCAGCACCUGCAGCACCUUCAAGCAAUGCAACAGGAAGAAGAGGAGCGUGCAGACCACAAUUUUUCAGGACGGCAUCACGGAGCCGUCUCUGCUCACAAUGCCCAUCAUCACCAGGGCAGAGAAGCCCCUUGUACCCAAAGAGGAGGCGCUGUCUGGUGGCCAAUCUAAUGACAAGAGUGCAUCUGUUGGCCUGGGAAUUGCUGUGGCCGUCCUCAUUGUGAUAGGGGUGGUGGCCAUAUUGAUGGCUGCAUCUUUUUAUCGAAAACUGAAGCGGCUAAGCUAA